GGCAGCACCAUCCGGCCGAUCCUUUGGCCAUGUUCUCCGAGCAGGCGGCCCGGAAGGCCGGCACGCUGUUGGCUCCGCCGUCAACCAAGUCGUCCACCUUUGCCCGCGAGACCGUCACCACCUACACCAACUCGUCCCAGCCUUUCCGGCUGGGGGAGCGCAGCUUCAGCCGGCAGUAUGCCCACAUCUACGCCACCCGCCUCACCCACAUGACACCCCUGUUGGUGAACCGGGCACGGCAGCGCUGGGGCAGCGGGGUGAGCGUGAGGAAGCUGUGCGAGCUGCGGCCGGGAGAGGAGUGCUGCGUGGUGGGGACCCUCUACAAGGCCAUGCAGCUGCAGCCGUCCAUCCUGCGGGAGAUCAGCGAGGAGCACAACCUGUUGCCCCAGCCUACCCGCACCAAGUACGUGCACCCGGACGACGAGCUGAUCCUGGAGGACGAGCUGCAGCGCAUCAAGCUGGAGGGCUCCAUCGACGUGUCUCGGCUGGUGACGGGGACCGUUCUGGCCGUGCGGGGCUCGGUGAAGGAUGACGGGAAGUUCCUGGUGAAGGAACACUGCUUCGCAGACCUGCCGCCCCAGAAGCCCCCGGCGCCCCCGGACACGGACAGGUUUGUGCUGCUGGUGUCCGGGCUGGGCCUGGGUGGGGGCGGCGGCGAGAGCCUGCUGGGCACCCAGCUGCUGGUGGAUGUGGUGACCGGGCAGCUGGGGGACGAAGGGGAGCAGAGCUGUGCCGCCCACAUCUCCCGCGUCAUCCUCGCGGGCAACCUGCUCAGCCAGAUCACCCAGAACCGAGACUCCAUCACCAAGGCCAAGUACCUGACGAAGAAGGCCCAGGCCGCCAGUGUGGAAGCCAUCAAGAUGCUGGAUGAGAUCCUGCUGCAGCUGAGCGCCUCGGUGCCCGUGGACGUCAUGCCAGGCGAAUUCGACCCAACCAACUUCACCCUGCCCCAACAGCCGCUGCACCCGUGCAUGUUCCCGCUGGCCACUGCUUACUCCACUCUGCAGCUGGUCACCAACCCCUACCAGGCGACCAUUGAUGGAGUCAGCUUCCUGGGGACGUCGGGUCAGAACGUGAGCGACAUUUUCCGCUACAGCAGCAUGGAGGACCACCUGGAGAUCCUGGAGUGGACGCUGCGCGUUGGCCACAUCAGCCCCACGGCCCCCGACACCCUCGGCUGCUACCCGUUCUACAAGUCAGAUCCGUUCAUCGUCCCCAUGUGCCCCCACGUCUACUUCUGCGGCAACACGCCCACCUUCCGCUGCAAGGUGAUCCAAGGCCCCGAGGGUCAGAGAGUGCUGCUGGUGGCCGUGCCCGACUUCAGCACUACCCAGACCGCCUGCCUGGUGAACCUGCGCACCCUCGACUGCCAGCCCAUCAGCUUCUCUGGCUUCGGGGCCGAGGACGAUGACGGUCCGGGAGGAACCCGGGACCCUGGGUCCUGAGCCGGCCGCCGAGCGGAGCCCAGGGAGGUGGGGGCGCGGACUCGGGGCCUGAGAGCCACAAGUGACCCAGGGUUUUGAGGACUUACGGCUGCUGGCGCCACUGUGAAUAAAGGAGGUGUACAG